UCCGAUCCGAGCAACAUGGAUGUAUACCAAAUAGAGCUGGAGGCACAGGCACAAAUCCGCUCCAAUCUUCUGGUCGAAACCUGCGUGAAGCACUCCUCGGAGCAGCAGCAGCAGCUCCAGGUCAAGGAGGAGGACCUCAUCAAGGAUUUUGCUCGGGGCCAGGAACAGCAUAGUGAGGAAGAGGAGAAGGAGGAGGAGGAGGAGGAAGAAGACGAGGAAGAGGACGACGACGACGACGGGGCAGAGGAAGAGGAGGAGGACGACUGCGAAGGCGAAGUUGCCCUGCUGCCGGCGGUCAAUUUUAAUGCAAAUUCAGACUUUAAUUUGCAUUUCUUUGACACACCAGAGGACUCGUCCACCCAAGGGGCCUACAGCGAAGCCAAUAGCUUGGAGUCCGAGCAGGAAGAGGAGGAGCAGCAUCCUCCGCAGCAACAGCAGCCACAUCACCGGGAAUUGCAGGAUUGCCUAAGUGCCAUUGAAGCCGAUCCCCUGCAGUUGUUGCAGUGCGACGACUUCUACAGAACAGCAGCGCCAGUAGAGAGUGUUGCAGCCAGCCUAGCCCCCGCACAACAGCAACUUGCCCACCAGCAACAGCAGCAACAGCAGCAGCAGCAACACCCUGGACAGCAGCAACACCAGCUCAACUGCACGCUGAGCAAUGGUGGAGGUGCUCUGUACACCAUCAGCAGUGUGCAUCAGUUCGGUCCGGCCAGCGGUUCCCCCUCCUCCAGCGGCGCCCACUCCUCGCCGGACAGCGGCUGCUCGUCGGCCUCCUCCUCCGGAUCGUCGGGAUCCUGUGGAUCCAGUGGGUCCGCCUCCUCCCACGCGGUCUCCUCCUCGUCGUCCUGCAACAACAACGCCAGCAACAACAGCUCCAACCCCGCAGCAACAUCUUCAUCUGUUGCGCAUCUGAACAAAGAGCAACAGCAGCAGCCGCAGACGACGACACAGCUGCAGCAGCAACACCAGCACCAGCAAUUGCAACACCCGCAGCAGCAAUCUUUUGGCCAAGCGGACAGCAGCAACAACAACAGCAGCAACAGCAACGGCAGCAACAACAACGGGGUCUCCUCGAAAUCAUUUGUCCCCUGCAAAGUUUGUGGCGACAAGGCAUCGGGCUACCAUUAUGGAGUAACCUCCUGCGAGGGUUGCAAGGGUUUCUUUCGUCGCAGCAUCCAGAAACAAAUCGAAUACCGCUGUUUGCGGGACGGCAAGUGUCUGGUCAUCCGGCUGAAUCGAAAUCGCUGCCAGUAUUGCCGCUUCAAGAAAUGCCUCUCCGCUGGCAUGAGCCGCGAUUCUGUACGUUAUGGUCGCGUUCCCAAGCGUUCCCGUGAGCUGAACGGAGCAGCCGCCGCCUCCGCCGCUGCAGGCGCUCCAUCUGCCAUAAAUGUGGAUGACACCUCCGGCAGCACACUGCAACCCAAUCAGUUACAGCAGCAACAGCAACAGCAGCAACAUCUCCUGCAGCAGCAGCAGCAGCAGCAACAUCAGCAACAGCAACAUCAGCAACAACAGCAGCAACCGCAUGUGAGCGGAGCUAGAGUGAAGACACCGAGUACUCCACAAACGCCACAAAUGUGUUCGAUCGCCUCCUCGCCAUCGGAGCUGGGCGGUUGCAAUAGUGCCAAUAACAAUAAUAAUAAUAACAACAAUAGCAGCGGCAAUGCCAGCGGCGGCAGCGGCGUAAGCGUCGGCGUUGUUGUUGUGGGCGGACACCAGCAACUGGUGGGCGGCAGCAUGGUGGGCGUGGGCAUGGGCACGGAUCACCAGGUGGGCAUGUGCCACGACGGACUGGCCGGAACGGCCAACGAGCUGACCGUCUACGAUGUGAUCAUGUGCGUGUCGCAGGCGCACCGCCUCAACUGCUCCUACACGGAGGAACUGACCAGGGAGCUGAUGCGCCGCCCCGUGACGGUGCCACAAAAUGGGAUUGCCAGCACAGUGGCGGAGAGCCUGGAGUUCCAGAAGAUCUGGCUGUGGCAGCAGUUCUCGGCCAGGGUGACGCCCGGCGUCCAGCGGAUUGUGGAGUUUGCGAAACGCGUACCUGGCUUCUGUGAUUUCACCCAAGACGACCAGCUCAUACUCAUCAAGCUGGGCUUCUUCGAGGUCUGGCUGACGCAUGUGGCACGCCUAAUUAACGAGGCCACUCUGACACUGGACGACGGAGCCUACCUGACGCGCCAGCAACUCGAGAUACUCUACGAUUCUGACUUUGUGAACGCCUUGCUGAACUUUGCCAACACGUUGAACGCCUACGGGCUGAGCGACACCGAGAUCGGGCUGUUCUCGGCCAUGGUGCUGCUGGCCUCCGACCGGACGGGACUCAGCGAGCCGAAGGUGAUCGGACGGGCCAGGGAGCUGGUGGCCGAGGCGCUCCGCGUCCAGAUCGUGCGCUCCCGGGCGGGAUCCACGCAGGCGCUGCAACUGAUGCCGGCGCUGGAGGCCAAGAUACCCGAACUGCGGUCCCUGGGGGCCAAGCACUUCUCACACCUAGACUGGCUGCGGAUGAACUGGACCAAGCUGCGCCUGCCGCCCCUCUUCGCCGAGAUCUUCGACAUACCCAAGGCCGACGACGAGCUGUAGGAUGGGGGAUCCGGAUACCCGCGAUUCCAGGGCCGUGCAAAAGCAAACCGCAACAAAAUAUUCUACCACUUGUAGGCUUAAGCAACGUAGAUAUAGAGAAAAGGGAGGGCCGGAGAUCAGAUACACGUCUACUCAGCAUUACUGGAGAUAGUUCACUAAGCCUAUAUGCAUAUUUACUAGCAGUGUUAGAGCGACUAGGACUCCACUACCCGCUGAACAUAUCCAUGCGCAAACAUAAAUUAUUUAUUUCAUUGUUGACUCAUCGAGAUCCACUCCGUUCCACAUCACAUCAUCCCCAUGCACACCCAACCGAAAUUAAGAAAUCAAACGGAAAUUCACCAUUGGCCAGCUAUCCAAGGCAUCUAUUUAGAACUCGACUGAAGAGCGAGCGUUAAAGUUCGAUAAAUACUGGUUUUUUAAAUAAUAUUAACUACUAUAAACGAUAUCGGAUAUAUGUGUACGUUACAUCUAGAGAUACGACCCUAGCGUAGUCGAAAAGCAAAAAGACCCACUUCGUUUGCUUGCAAAAGUUGGAGAUCCCAUACGAUUUAAUAAUAUACAUAUGCAAAAUGAUAAAUCUAUGCCUAGUUUAAAUCAUUUUCGAGUUGAAGAUCGAUGCGUUUAUUGUAUCUGCGUGUAAAUAAAUUUAAAUUAAUUUUAACCAUUAACUCGCUGCGACUUGAUUAUUUUAAACCCCACCACCCACUGAGUUGCUCGAUGAUCCAUCCCAGAUCUUCGGCUGCAACGGCCUCCAUUCAAAGUGUUCAGUUUCUCACUUAAGAUCAGACAUUUACAUCUUACGAUUAAGAAACUUGGGUUAGAGACCAUCUAAGUUAAGUGCUUUAAGGCUUCAUUUGUAUAACUCGGAACAAUCAAAUUGUUUGAUCAAUUUUUGAAUAGAUUGGUGCUAAAUUUGUGUGUUAAGUUUACAUGGAAACAAGCGAAGAAAACCAACAGACAGGCGAACAAAAUAUAUAUAUUUAAACCUAUCUAUAUAUCAAAUACAUGUAUGUAAAAAUCAAAAGGAUUCUUCUCUAAAGCUCUUCAUUGAUUGUUGAAUUUAUAUAGAAAAUUUUGUAAAUUUUAUUAGUGUGACAAAGGAAAAUAUUAAAUGUAGAGGCAGCUGCGAUCGAUCUUGUGGCUGCCGUUUUAUGCUCCAUGUGUACCUUUCGCUUAUUGAACUAGAAUAUCGAAAUCAAUAUAGAUCUAUAUACAUAAAUUUAUAGACUACGAUUCGCAAUAUCUUAGAAGACACGCAACUUACAACGCUAGCAAUUUUCUCUCCCGAUCCUCGAAAAUCCCCUACACCACUAUACUUUUGAUCCAAGCACAAACCCAAGAAAACUCUGUGUUAAUUUUGUAAACCAGUGCGCAUAAUGGAACCUUGUGAAUGUAGCAUUAAAAACGACAACAAGAACAACAGAUUUUUAAUUACAUUAUUAACUUAUACCUAACUAUUAUAUACAGAUAUAUAAUAAAUAUAUAGAUACAAUUUUUUACCUACUGUAGCUUUGAUUACAUUUUUCAAUGAUGUGUCAAAUUUUAAAUGGUAUUAACGAUAGUCCAAAAUACUCAACAACUACAGCAGAAAAUGUUACAGCGCAUUAAGAAGGCCGACUUCCUACGAUCAUGGCUUGUUACGUGUCCACUAAUCGCUCCACUCGAAUACAGUGCAAAGAUCCAACCCAGAUAUACAUUAAUCAAAUAUCAAUAUGCAAGACAUUGCUUAGCUGUUUACUGAUCCAUACCCCCAACAUCCCGAAGAUGAGUCGGCAGCUCCGACCUUGCAAUGCCCUGUACAAUUUAAAAUUGUGUUUUCCGUAGAUCCCCCGAUAGAUGACCUGUGGUCUGUGGUGAAUCCAACCCCAUUCAUUCCGCUCACAGUGCAGGGCAUUCACAAUUAUCUGAUAUGAAGGCUGCUCGCUUUACUAACUUACUAAGAAAUAGAACAGAAAACCAUAUACAUAACACUAAGCCCAAAACAAAAUAUAACAAAUAAACAAAAGACGAUAAGAACACUGCGAAAACUAAUUAGAAAACGAAAUACAUACGCAGAUUGUAAUAAAAUUACAGAAAAGCAAACAAA